UCUUGCAGGGCGGCUCUGUGGAGGUGGAGGUGCGGGGGAGUCCUCCGCAGCCUUCCGUGUGUGAGUAUUUCCUCACAAGAAGCUGCAGCUUCUCUGCUGACAUCACUCGUCGCUUCAGUCCUCGGCCCUCCUUCCAAGCGGCCGGCCGGCGGACAAGUAGCGGAGAGCAGCUCAGUGGGCGAGAGACGCGCGUGCGCUCAGGGACGAUCUGCGACACGGCGCGAUGGAGCACAAGUCGGGCACGCGGCCGCUCGCGCUCGCUCUCGCGCUCGGUUUCUGCAUUCACUUCUCGCAGUCAUUUAAUGUUGGAAAAUCAGGGGCAAAAGUGUUCAGCGGCCCAGUAGCAGACGAGUUCGGGUACACAGUGCGGCAGUUCCAGAAUCACCAGGGCAAAUGGCUCCUGGUUGGCUCUCCCUGGAGUGGCUAUAAAACAAACAGAAAGGGGGAUGUUUAUAAGUGUGAAAUACCUGGGUCCAAAACCACUUGUGAGAGACUCAACCUGCAGAACUCUGUGAACGUUGCAGCUGUGAAUAAUAUUAACACUAACAUGAGCCUUGGCUUGACUCUUAUUGAAACCCCCAAAACCAGCGGAUUUAUGACUUGCGGUCCUCUCUGGGCCCAGCAGUGUGGCAGCCAGUAUUACUACCCUGGAAUCUGUACUGAAGUGACCCCUCUCUUUCAACCAUUGCCUUCGUUUUCCCCUGCCAUCCAGAAGUGUGGGGGCCCAAUGGAUAUUGUGAUUGUUUUGGAUGGUUCAAACAGCAUUUGGCCAUGGCCACCAGUUGUAGAAUUCCUUAAGAAACUGUUGGGAAGCUUAGAGAUUAGUCCCAGUAAUACUCAGGUGAGUAUUAUCCAGUAUGCUGUUGAUUCAGCAUUUGAAUUCCAACUCAAUACCUACAAAACCAAAGCAGAGGUGGUUAAUGCCGCUGCAGGAAUAGCCCAAAUGCAGGGCACUGCAACAAAUACUUUUCAUGCUAUUGACACCGCAAGGAAGAAUGCUUUCUUACCUGAGAAUGGUGGUCGGCCGGGGGCGACUAAAGUGAUGGUGGUGGUAACCGACGGGGAAUCCCAUGACAAGGACCAAAGGGAUGAAGUCAUUAAAAAAUGUGAAGAUGCCAAGAUCACUCGCUUUGGUAUUGCUGUCCUUGGCUAUUACUUAAGGAAUGAUAUUGACACGAAAAAUCUAAUUAUGGAAAUCAAGUCAAUUGCCAGUUCACCAUCUGAGAAGUACUUCUUCAAUGUCUCCGCUGAAGAAGCUCUUUUAGAGAUUGCAGGAACACUAGGAGAUCGAAUCUUCAACUUGGAAGGGACGGGGAAAGGAGGAGACAGUUUCCAAAUGGAGAUGUCCCAGGUGGGAUUCAGUGCACACUACUCGAGUAUGGAGGAUGUCCUGAUGCUGGGUGCUGUUGGAGCUUACGCGUGGAGUGGAACUGUUGUCCACCAAACCGCCCAGAAGUCUGAAGUCUUCCCCAAGAAUACAUUUGAAAAUAUCCUAGAGGACCGAAAUGACAGCUCCUUACUUGGCUACUCUGUAACAACACUGGUUGAUACAAACUCCGUAUUCUAUGUUGCUGGUGCGCCUCGAUCAAGGCACACUGGUCAAGUGGUGGUGUAUACCGUGGACAACAAAAAGCAACCAAAAAUUUUAACUUCACAGAGAGGAGAUCAGAUAGGUUCCUACUUUGGCAGUGUGCUGUGUCCACUUGAUGUGGAUAAAGACAGCGUGUCAGACCUCCUGCUGGUUGGCGCGCCAACGUUCAUGAGCGAGCUGAAGAAGGAAAUAGGAAAAGUCUAUGUAUUCUCCGUAUCCAAGGGUAUUUUAACCAGUGACGGGUCUCUGGUGGGGCCGUCAAGCUCGGAGAAUGCUCGGUUUGGGAUGGCCAUCGCAGCAGCGCCUGACCUCAACCUGGAUGGCUUCAAUGAUGUGGUAGUUGGAGCUCCUUUGGAAGACAGCAAUAGAGGAGUUCUUUAUGUCUUCAAUGGAGACAAGAAGUUUAUCAGAAAACAAUAUUCACAGAAAAUAUUGGGAUCAGAAUUAGAUCCUAAGCUGCAAUAUUUUGGAAGAUCUCUGAAUGUUAAUGGAGAUUUAAAUGAUGACUCUAUUCCGGAUGUUUCUAUUGGAGCUUAUGGAAAGGUGGUUCAGCUUUGGUCUAAAAGAAUAGCUAGCGUGAAGACAACGGCCAGUUUCAACCCUGAAAACAUUAACAUCCUCAAUAAGAUGUGCCUCAUCAGCGGGAGAAAGGUGUCCUGUUUCAAAACUACCAUCUGCUACAGAGCAUUAAUUAUGCCAAAAACACCAGUUGUGCCUGUUGUUAUAACAUGUAAUCUUACUCUUGAUGCGGAUUUGCUGUCAUAUCGUGCAGUCUCACGAGGUCUGUUCAGCAGCAACAAUGAACGAUUCCUGAAGGAAGACAUUACACUUCAUAGCGAGGAAGUAUGCAAAAACUAUGAUGUCUACGUUCAGGAAGCCCCUGAUAUGGUCAACGACAUAAGCCUGCGUGUAGACGUUGGCUCCAGCAACCCAAGAGCUAACCCUGUCUUAGAUGUAUUCAGCACCAACUCCUGGCAAUAUUUUAUACCUUUUACCAAGGACUGUGGUUCUGAUGAUGUUUGUGACAGUGACCUGGUACUGAAUGUAAACACAUCCCCAGAGAUUUCGAGCCCAUUAUUGGUCAGCUUCAACAAUAGAAGACUUUCCUUUGAAGUAUUAAUGGAGAACAAGCUGGAAAAUGCUUACAACGCCAGGGUCAUCACAACAUACUCUGAAAAUUUGUUCUACGCUUCCAUUAUACCUCCUAGUGAUGGAACAGAGGUGAAAUGCACCCCUGGUAAAGACAGCAACACCCUGUCCUGCCAAGUAGGGUACCCCGUUCUGAAGCCCAACGACCGCGUGACCUUUGGGAUCAACUUCGAUUUCAACUUGAACGAGAGGCAGAAAGAGGCGAGGGUCAGCAUGGUGGCUGAAAGUGAUAGCAAGGAGAAGAAUGCUGCCGAUAACACAGUCACCGUCUCCAUCCCUGUUUUGUAUGACUCUGAAGUCAUCCUGACAAGGGAGGCAAGUAUGACCUUCUAUGUGGUAGACAAGGACAACGAAGUGAAGACAACCGUGAAUAAUUAUGACGACAUUGGACCAGAAUUCAACUUCAAGCUGAAGGUUUCUACAGGAAACUUCCCUGUCAGCUUGGCAUACCUCAUCGUUUCCCUGCCGGUCUCCACCAGAAGCGGAAACCCUCUUCUGUACAUAACAGGAGUUCUCACAGAGUCUACCAAUGGCGUAAACUGCGAAACAAGCAGCUUGGUCAACCCGCUGAAGAUAGGCCGGGAGGUCUACACCCCCUCCUUCUCCAAGGAGAGCCUCAGGGGAAUUCAGGAGCUGGACUGUAAAACUGCCAAGUGCGAGUCCAUGAAAUGUGUGUUUGCUGACAUGGACGUAAAGAGAGACUACUUUGUUAAUAUCACGACAAGGAUCUGGAAUGGCACGUUUGCCUCUGCAACGUUCCAGUCCACCAAGCUCAUUGUGUCUUCUGAAAUCGAAACAUCACAGCCAGACCUUCUUCUCAUCCGCCACAAGAGGUUACUGGUCGAACUGACAGUCAGCAAGCCUGGGGAAAAAGGGGACUUGCCCAUAGGCGUAAUUGUGGGGAGUGUCAUCGGGGGUCUGCUUUUGCUGGCACUCGCAGUGCUCCUGCUGUGGAAGUUUGGCUUCUUCAAGAAAACUAAAUACAAGCAGCUGCAGAAGAGCAGUGAGGAAGAGACCCAAAACCUUGGCACGGAACAGGAUGCGGCAUGAGCUUCAGCCCAGAUGAUGAGGAACAGGAAUCUAAACUUUCCACCUUCCCUCAACCUUUUUUAAAUUACCAGGAAAAGGGAGACUGAAUGGGUAUAAAUUUAGAUUGCGCUGAGGCAUGGAUGUAAAACAGAUCUGCUUUAGCUCUUUUGCCAGAGUACCGGUCCACAGACACAGGGCUUGCAGGCCUCUAAUGAGAACUGUAUGAGCACCACUCAGUGAAAGCACGGCGCAGCAGCCCUGAUGGCAAAGACAAGAUGAAUGUAACGGAUGAUUUCUGGAGGAAAUUCACUGACGUCAGUGGGGGACAAAGCCAGCUGUCAUUCCUUCAGGCUAAAGUCUCAUCGUGUCACCAAACAGUAAUCCGUUGUCAACUUUUUUAACCAGUAAGAAUCAAGGCUCAAGCCAGUAAUCGGACAUAUCUUUUGUCAUACUUGAAAGCAUUACGAAAGCAUCAUUUUACAUAUCGCUGUGAUUGUCACAAUUAUUACUUUAUAUUUUAAAUACCUAGGGGACAGGGCUGCUUCUGCUGGGUGAGGAUUAGGUUAGCUUUAGGGCUAUCACUUUGUUCAUCUUAUUCAGUAACAAACACUUGUAGCCUUGCCAUCAAAAAAUACACUGGAUAAUAAUGACCAUGAAAAUAUUCAGAAUUUUAUUAAAAUAUAUAUAUCAUGUGCUGGUAUACAGCAAUUGAUACCUGUUUUAGAAGUGGAAUUUAUUAAGGUCUACAUCUUCAAUGACUUGUAGAGACAAUACUUGGAGUGUGUAGAUUCUUAGUGUAUAUUAAGUGUUACUGAAGUCUUUUGAUUGCAGGACUUAAAAAGCUAUCAUUUCUGUACAAAAUCCCUGUGAUAUAAAGCAGAGAGAUGGAACUAUUAAUAAUAUGGACAAUCUGUUUGAAAGCAGUAAAGUGUAUUUAAGCAAUUUCUCAUCACAAAGGUUAUAUCAGGGUGAGCUUAAAAUACAAAAUAGGUAACUGAGGAAACAUGGACUUUUUGUUGGUAGCUGUGCAAUUUUUUCCAUUGUGAUCAGGUAUAUCCAUUCUUACAGCUGUAAAAAGUAUUAUUGUAAUUCAGUAAAUUUGUGUAAAAUGGUGCAAUCUCCUUCAGGAUUAAUCAUCUAAUAACAGAACCAAGUAGGCAGGCUGGGUGAAGGUACUAUCAAGAUUACACACUUUAUCUUAAUGUAUGGAAAAGAAUUUCACAAAAUGUACAGUUUAGUUUUUAUAGUAAUUAAGUUAUGUAAAACAACCAUUUCCUCCAAGAUUGCUUAUAUUUUUUUGCUUUACCACUGUACUAGUAUAAAUUGUAUAAAAUAUAAGCCAGGAAGAUACUUGUACAUAGAUAUUUAAUUUCCUUAUUGGAUGGAGCAAGGAGGGGUGUGGUGGUGCAGUGGACUUGGCCGGGUCCUGCUCGGGGUGCCUUGUAGCGG